AUAUAUGAGAAAUGGGCAUAAAUACUACCACUGAGCUUCGCGAGCAAAUUGCCUACUCCUGUAAAAUUUAGAGAGCAAAUCAAAUGUUAAAUGUAAGGUAAACCGAAGACAGUCGGAACCACUACAGGCCCACAAUCUGGUAAUGUUUUAUCUGUUGAUGUCAUGACACAACCCGACAGGUAUCUGAAUACUAACCAAUUAAUAGAUAUAAAUAACAAAUAAAUCUUUCUCUGUGUAUUUGUUUUCUCUAUAUCUAUGUGUUGAUUACAAAUCAGAUACAUAUAUAUAUACAUGUUGUCAUAAUAAUUACUAAAGAGUGUUUUUCAAUAGAUAGGGUAGGGUGUCAUACAAUACAUAAAACACUAGUGUUUUAUGUAUUAGUAUUUUAUGUAUUAUAUGAGGAACCUUUCCAGGGACAUGUCAAAGUAUCUUGCUUUAUAGCAAUAAAAAAAAAAUCCAUGUAACAGUGUUUCCUCGGACUGUUUUCCCCCACUUACAAAAUGUCUUGUAUGUAUUGCUUCUAUUGUUUUGUAAAUAAAAUAAUUGGUAUAAAAUUUUCAACUACAUGUAUGUAUACAAGUGUAUGCCUAAAACUAUACUGUAGUUGUCAGCCGAGUUUGAUCACUGGUGGCCAGAUAGCUCAGUUAGUAGAGCACCUGACUAGAGAUUCAGGGGGCCCGGGUUCGAAUCCUGGUCUGUUACAUUUUCUCCCUUCCUGAAAUACAUUUGAUGCCAUUGACCACCCCUGAACUUGCAGGUGAAAGUCCUGCCAGGGGCAAAAGAAUCUGAAUUGUGUUUUCAAAGGCGAAGACAAAGGAGGAGUGUAGCGGUCAGCCAGGUUCAAUCUCCGGUGGCCAGUUAACUCAGUUGGUAGAGCACCUGAAUAGAGAUUCAGGGGGCCCGGGUUCGAAUCCCAGUCUGGUCCAUUGCAAUUUUUCCUUUCCUGUUACAAUACCCAAUGUUGUAUUUGUAUAACUAACAAUGAAGCCUAUAACGUGUAUGUGUUUAUUAUUUAAUUAUACAAACACACGGUUCCCAGGGACCUAGUACCUCUUAGUACUGUGCUGCCUGGCUACACCAUCAGAUAGGCUUUCCAGAUGACGUCUUUCACUCCGUAACUGUGGUAAAUCUCCUCGUGCUGCCGGAAGUCACUCUUCUACUUCCAGAUUACAUCAUGGAAGAAAGCUUUCAAAAGUUUUUCUUGUCAGAGACGUUUAAAGCUUCCUAUGAAGAGGACACUGAUGGUGCACUGGAAGGACUUCACAGAAGGCUUUUUUGUUCGAGAAUCUGAGGAAGUGAUAUUCAGAGCCCUAGAAGGGGAGGGAAAGCUGUGCUAUUCAGGAGAUAUGUUUGAUAACUGGAUUUAUUUUAGCCCAGUUGAAAUGAAAGGAAAGGACUGGUACACCAGGAGCAAGGACAUCAGAGAGAAUACUGAUGUAAAAAUCCAGUCUGAAAUUCACCAUUUGUCAAUGGCAUUUAAAGCAGCACAGUUAGAAGAGCUCCCUGAAUCUGCUAACAGACAGGAUGAACGGAUGGAAAUGGGGCAUUCUGGUAUUGAAGCGGAUAACUUGAAGAUCCACCCUUCUCCUAUGGCUUAUCUGUACUGGGAGGCCAGAGCACAAGGAUUUCAUAAUCUAAGAGGAAAACUUUUUGCUGAAGCUUUUUUACGAUUCUUGUUUACAGGAAUAGAAAAUGUAAAUAUCUCCUAUUCCACAGCAGGAUAUGAUUCCCACCUUGACCGCUGGGGCUACAUCCAAGAUGGUCCCACUGAAAGAAUGUCAGGGAAUUUAAACAGCAGUGAUCACCAUCGGAAUCCAUCUGACACAUCAGCAAUAUCAAAAGACAAAUACAGAAUGAUGUUGAAAAAUUUAAACUAUAUUGCAUUUGACUUGAAAGCAGCUUCUCAAAAAGUGACAUCUGAUGUUUUUGUGUCAAUCGGAAACAACUUAGUUCUGAUAGCAGAAGUAGCAAACAUUAGUGAUAUUGAGUACAAGAAAGUGCUGCAGCUUCAUACAAAGAUGUUGUUAAGUCUAGACAAACACAAGACUCUCUUUGGUUUGUUGGUACAAGGCCAUCAAGUAUAUCUAGCCGAGUACACUUUUGAGCAAGCAGGUGGAUAUAAAAGACAAUUUAGUCAGAAAGCUUUCAAGUACCAAAAAGAAGAUUUGAAGCUGUUAUAUUCUUACUUGCGGACACAUUUUGUGUCCAAGUAAGAAAAUAGAUUGAAUGACUGAUGAGGUGUCUAAAGCAAUGCAGAAGCAGUUUGCAAAUUGAUAACACAUACUUAGGGUAAAUGUUAUUCCUGUGUGUGGUUUCUCUAUUUCAAUCCUGUGAUAAACUUGAACACUUGUCAUUUCA